AUGUUCACCUUCCUCCGCGGCUCAACUCCCCCAAAGACAUUCCGCGCUCACGACAAUCCAAUCUACUACGAAGAUGGAACAUCAUUCGUCCAAUUCAACGAAGCCGGAUCAAAAUACAUACUCCGAAACCAACACCCUCCCUUCGACAGCACCAAACCAUCAAUCAUGACUCCCCCUUUCCAUUGGCACAUCAAUCAAACAGAACACUUCUCCAUCGUUGAAGGGGAAUGCCAUCUCUUCAAAGAAAACCCCGAAAAACCAUGGAUGACGAUAUCAGCCAAAGACCCCAAUGCGCCAAAGACAGCUUCCAUCCCCAAAACGGUGUUUCACACUAUCCACAACGCAUCAACCACAGAGCCCAUGGUUGUCGACGUCAAUCUCACGCCGGAAGAUGCAGAGAGUGAACAGAAGUUUUUCCGAAAUUUCUUUGGUUAUCUUGAUGAUUGUCGAAAGGCGGGUGUGCCGCCGAGUAUGUUUCAGCUUUUUGUGUUUUUGAAUGAGGCUGAUACGCCCGUGGCUGUUCCUUUGCCGUCGAAGUUUUUGAGUAAGGUGGCUAGUCGUGUGAUGUUGUCGAGUGUGGCAUGGUACGGGAGGUGGAUUUUGGGGUAUAAGACGUCUUAUCCGGAGUAUUAUGAUGAUGGGAAGUCGAGUAUAAACCAUUUUGGAAAAUCCAGAAAUAUUUGA